UAAAUUUAUAUUAAUGGUUGAGAUGAAUGAUAGUUGCCGCCCAAACAUUUCUCUCCUCCGCUUCCCACGUCUCCCCACCUUUCCUCUCUAUCUCUCUCUCCUCUCUGUUCUCAACCACGUCUCUUCCCCAUUCCCUCUUUAUCUCUCUCUCCCUGUCUGUUCUUCUUCUUUCCUACCCUCCCUCUUCGCUCGCUUCCGACGCUGCUCUCCAGUCCUGGACUCUCACUCGAUUUCUGCCUCUCCCCCUUCUCCCCUUCUCUCUCUGUCGGGCUGUGUCUGGUUUCGCUGCUCUCGAUCUCGGCUCGCAAGGUUGAUUCAAACAGGUUAUUGUAGGGUAUUGGUAACUCCCACAGCUUUGUGAACAGGUUAAAUAGAAUUUUUUUGACAGAUCUUUUCUGAAAAGUAUAAUUAACUUUGUGGUUCAUGGUUUUUAAGCAUUGUUUGGUGGUUGCAAUUCGAUUAAAGACAUCGCAAUUUGAUUUGGCGGUUACAAUUGUGAUUUUGAUUUUAAGUGGUUAUUUUAUUUUAGUUCCUAUGUUGCCUAAUGCCUAAUUAGAACUAUGACAGAAAUGCAAUUUGAUUAAAGGCAUGGCAGUUUGAAU